UACUUCCGGCCCUUCCUUGGACACUGUGCUAUCUAACCUCCAAACGAGCUUCAAUGCCAUACAACACUCCUUCCGUGGCCUCCAACUGCUCUUAAACGCUAGUAAAACCAAAUGCAUGCUUUUCAACCGUUCGCUGCCUGCACCCGCACGCCCGACUAGCAUCACCACCCUGGACGGUUCCGACCUAGAAUAUGUGGACAUCUAUAAGUACCUAGGUGUCUGGCUAGACUGCAAACUCUCCUUCCAGACUCAUAUCAAACAUCUCCAAUCCAAAAUCAAAUCUAGAGUCGGCUUUCUAUUCCGCAACAAAGCCUCCUUCACUCACGCCGCCAAACUUACCCUAGUAAAACUGACUAUCCUACCGAUCCUCGACUUCGGCGAUGUCAUCUACAAAAUAGCUUCCAAUACUCUACUCAGCAAACUGGAUGCAGUUUAUCACAGUGCCAUCCGUUUUGUUACUAAAGCACCUUAUACGACCCACCACUGCGACCUGUAUGCCCUAGUCGGCUGGCCCUCGCUACAUGUUCGUCGUCAGACCCACUGGCUCCAGGUCAUCUACAAGGCUAUGCUAGGUAAAGUGCCGCCUUAUCUCAGUUCACUGGUCACGAUGGCUACACCCACCCGUAGCACGCGCUCCAGCAGGUGUAUCUCACUGAUCAUCCCUAAAGCCAAAACCUCAUUUGGACACCUUUCCUUCCAGUUCUCUGCUGCCUGCGACUGGAACGAAUUGCAAAAAUCUCGGAAGUUGGAGACUUUUAUCUCCCUCAACAACUUUAAAAAUCUGCUAUCUGAGCAGCUAACCGAUCGCUGCAGCUGUACAUAGUCCAUCUGUAAACUACCCACCCAAUUUACCUACCUCACCCCCCAUACUGCUUUUAUUUAUUUACUUUUCUGCUCUUUUGCACACCAGUAUCUCUUCUUGCACAUGAUCAUCUGAUGAUUUAUCACUCCAGUGUUAAUCUGCUAAAUUGUAAUUAUUCGAUUUAUUGCCUACCUCAUGCCUUUUGCACACAUUGUAUAUAGAUUCUCUUUUUUUCUACCAUGUUAUUGACUUGUUUAUUGUUUACUCCAUGUGUAACUCUGUGUUGUUGUCUGUUCACACUGCUAUGCUUUAUCUUGGCCAGGUCGCAGUUGCAAAUGAGAACUUGUUCUCAACUAGCCUACCUGGUUAAAUAAAGGUGAAAUUAAAAAAUAAAAAUAAAAAUAAAAAAGAAAGCCUGCUCAUGUAAAUCAAAUACAGACUAACUUGUCAAAAGCUUGGCUUGUAUUGAUCUGUUUUUAUAACAGUAUAACCUUAAAUAAUCUUAAUUUAACUACAUAGAUGUCCGUAGCCCGGCCAAGUUCUCUACAGCCUCUCUGAGUGCCCCCACCACUACACAGCGUCUGAGUACCCCAAUCCCUGCACACCUGUCUGUGAGUGGAAUUGUACCUGCUACAUUAUACACUGUUGUCAUUUUAGAACUAAUACCUAGAACUUACAUCAAUCAAACAUGAUGGAGAAAAACUAUUGUGUGUCAUGUUUGAAAUAUCGCAUGACCAUAUUGUCGGUAUUCAUACACAUAUUUUCCUUUAGCAUUUCAGCAUGAUGUGCCUAGGAAGCCUGUUUGGGAAAAUAUUAUAUAGCUUAACCUGUCAAGAGCUUGUUUGAUUAAUACUGUUCACCCUCAAAUCAUUUUCAUAUUAGGUUACAUAAUAAUCUUCUACCAUUUCCCCUUCCUCUCGGCCCUUCUCCAGCCCUGCUACAGCCUCUGUGAAGACCACCUUGCCUUUCUCCCAGACCCCCUCUGCUACAUCCUCUGUGAAGACAGCCACUCUGCUGUUUCUAAUGGGCACCGCCAGCUCUUAUAGAGCUUCUGAGUGUUCUCCUCUGAUAGAGCCUCUAAGUGCUCUCCUCUGAUAGAGCCUCUAAGUGCUCUCCUCUGAUAGAGCCUCUAAGAGGAACCUCAGUACAUAACACGCUGUCAUUUCUUAACUAAUAUUUUUUAUUAAACUGUGUCAGUGUUUUGAUUUUAUUAAGAUAUUGUGAGUAAUCAUAUUAAUCUAUUUUUGGCUUGUUUUGCAUUCAGUUGUCUUUGUCAUUCUCAGGAGAGCUGAUUGGUGUGUGGACAAGCUGCUCAGGCAGACUGGGAAGGCCAUACAUGACAUGGACCUGACUCAGAAGAGACUGAUAUUCAGGACUAUUCAAUGGACCCUAGAGGCUAGUCUUUUGGAUGGCUUCACUAACACCACCACUGCUGACUUCUCUGCUGCCAGGCCCACCCAAACUGCUCCCACUACAGUCCAACCUGCUUCCUCCAGUGUCAAGUCUGCUGCCACCAAUACCUGGCCUGCUUCACCCACAGCCCAGUCUGCUGCCAGCCAACUCCUCCCAUGCAAAAAAACUUGAGUGGCAACGCGUCACUAGUUUCCAUAUAGACCCUGCUAUACUCCAGCCCUUUUUAUCUUUCUAAAAUUAGGGUUAUCGAGUAAAUCAGACUGAGCAUUAACCCACAGUUGUUCUCGUGUGUCACAAACAACUAGCUUCCUUCCCACUGGGCACACCUGGGUAGAAUCUAUUUGGUUCCCACGUCAUUUCAAUGAAACUAUGUUAAACUACUACGUUGAACUACUACGUUGAACUACUAAGUUGGUUCAACGUAGUUUCAUUGAAAUGACGUGGGAACCAAAUUGAAUUGACAUCUGUGCCCAGUGGAAUGUGAUGAAUUUAUAAUUAUAUCAGGUAAUAUGCAGUCCACAAGAAACUGCAACAGAUAACUGAAUAUUUAAGAUACUAAUUGCAAGAUACUAAUUGUAUAGUACUCGAACUGGGGACCUUAGGGUCCACUCUUCCCCUUCCUCUCCCCUCCCCUUAACUUAUUAUUGUUCCCCAGCUUUGGCGCUUGCUUUGAUUCCCAGGACCACCCGUAUGUAAGAAUGUACGCACGCAUGACUGUAAGUCGUUUAGGAUAAAAGCGUCUGCUAAAUGGCAUAUAUUAUGUUAUUAUUAUAUGAAUUUGUUUUUCCUGACCAUGUGCAAAGCUGAGACUGACCCUAGGGACCUAUAGGAAGUGAAUGGGAUGUAGUUCCUUUUUCUGCAGGUGUGUGUUGAUCAUUCAGGCUGCAUUUUAAUAGCUAAGCAGACGAGUUUCAUGCCACUUCAUUCCUUUGCUGGAAUAGGCCCUUAGGGUAAACACACACUAUACAGGGACCCAUGAAUACACACACACACCCUCCAAGACAAUCCCCACCCGUCAUUUGUCCCUACAUUGACUCUUUAGCUAUUUGUUUGACCCACGGUGCAUAUACAUAUACAACCUGCUGGCUGCAUCCAUGUAUUGUGUGAAAUCCUGUAUUAAGACUACACUACAGUAGGGUCUGGCUGCCAUCAUCUGGGUCACAAGUUCACAUACUGAGGGUAUGUAGGCUACAUUUCCCCACAUACUACUCAAAAGGUUGUAUUCAUCCCACAGUAUUCAUCUAGAGUAUGGCAUAUUUGGUGUGUGUUAUCAUACUUUAUUUUUUUCACCAUCAUACUUUUCCUUGAAGUGCAGGUGCGUUACGUCUCCAAAUGCCACCUGCCCCUCCACAUCCGGUGGGCUACAUUUUAGUCCAUAAUUGAACUGAUUUGGUCAAUAUUGUCGCCCACAACUCAAGUCCUGAUUGGCACAAAAGGUACAAGGGGCGCGGCGUUGAAGUGCGAGUAGGCGUGGUAAAACGAUCCAAACAGUCCUGGGCAAUGAAACCGAGUGCUCGAGGACUGGCGCUCUGAAUGAGGUGGGCGUUCUGUAGCGGGACGAGAGGGGUCUCCUGAGUUAUUUCGGCUCGAGCGCAGUGAGAUGUGUAGCGCAACACAGUGAUACCUGCUAAUAUCAUUGGAUACAAAUUUGGAAAACAAGUGCUUUAGUUUGGAAUAAAACGUCUUUGUGGUUAUCCAAGUGAUCGGACAAAGGCAAGCGUAACGAGUUUCCCAAACUUUGGAUAGAGAGGAGUGUAAACCUGUUUUCUACCUCUACAUUAGGACCCCGAGAGCGGCUGCAUAAAGAGUGGAUUCUGUUUUUAUUGGAUUUUAAUCUGGACUUCAAAUUAAACACAUUAUUUUCCUAAAAUGUAUUCAAACAUUUUUGCUUCCAAAUGUUUUUUAUUGAAUAUAGAGCCGCUGUGACCGAGGCACGGGUGACUUCACCUGUCAUGCGGGAUACAAACUAGGAAUAGGAAAUCGUUUCCGGAUUAAGCCUGCGGUUACAGUUGUUACAUUUAUUGGCGCGUGACUUAACUGCAAGUAAAGAGGAAAUUCAUUUUAAACUCAUGUAAUUGUAAAGCUUGGUGAAUGAUUUACAAUUCGACCUCUUUUGACCCUCGACUUGGUGCUUUAGUCCAUCUUUCGAAAUCCUCACACAUGUUUAAUUGAUUCGUUGGAUUAAACAACAGUGAACGUUUAUUUAGAUUUUUUCCCGGACCUUAACUGCAUUUAUAAUCACCAUGCUUCAUUCGAAAGGUGCUCGUGCUGUUGGAACAGAAACUUGUGGUCUGGAAUGAAACUUGUCGGUGAUUUAUAGAACAGAGGACUCUGGGCAUGCUGCUGGAGCAAUUACUCUCUCCUGGGAUUUCAUAUUUCCGAGAUGCAGUCAUAAAUUAAAGGAAGGACUGAGCUGAGAAAAUACUCAAAUCCACAGCACACAGUGCAAUUUUUCUACCUAUAUUUCUUUCUGGAAAUAUCCCACUUUCCAAUGGCGACCACAGUAAAAACCCCGCUAUGCGGUGUCGUCCGUUGGCUGCUCGCGCUGCUCCUCUCCCAGCUGCCCCGGCUCGCGCAAACUGCCUCCAAGGAUAUAGUGUGUGAGCCCAUCACGGUGCCCAUGUGUAAGGGCAUCGGAUACAACCUCACCUACAUGCCCAACCAGUUCAACCACGACACCCAGGAGGAGGUGGGCUUGGAGGUCCAUCAGUUCUGGCCCUUGGUCCGCAUCCACUGCUCCCCAGAUCUGCUCUUCUUCCUGUGUUCCAUGUACACCCCUAUCUGUCUGCAGGACUACAAGAAGCCCCUGCCCCCCUGCCGCGCUGUAUGUGAGCGGGCCAAGCGAGGCUGCUCACCCCUCAUGAUCCAGUAUGGUUUUGAGUGGCCAGAGAGGAUGAGCUGUGAGCAGCUGCCUCAGCUGGGAGACGAGACUCUGUGUAUGGACCAGAACAGUAGCGAGACCACCACCCUUUCCCCUCCCUUGCCCAAACCCACCCCCAAAGGCACCCGUCGCAGGCAGCCCGCCCCCAAACCCCCUGCCCCCCAGGAGUGUGACCGGGACUGCCGCUGUCGGGACCCUCUGGUGCCUAUCAAGAAAGACGCCCACCCCUUAUACAACCGGGUCCACACUGGCCCUGUGGAUAACUGUGCCCAGCCCUGCCACCACCCUUACUUCUCCCAGGACGAACGCACCUUCACCACCUUCUGGAUCGGCCUGUGGUCCGUCCUGUGCUUCGUCUCCACCCUGACCACCGUUGCCACCUUCCUCAUCGACAUGGAGCGCUUCCAGUACCCUGAGAGACCCAUCAUCUUCCUGGCUGCCUGCUACCUUUUUGUCUCCCUGGGCUAUAUUAUAAGACUAGUGGCGGGUCACGAGAGGGUGGCGUGCACUGGGAGCGGAGACCAGCAGCACAUCCUGUAUGACACCACUGGUCCACCCCUGUGUACCCUGGUCUUCCUGCUCAUCUACUUCUUCAGCAUGGCCAGCUCCAUCUGGUGGGUGGUGCUCUCCCUCACCUGGUUCCUGGCCGCGGGCAUGAAGUGGGGCAACGAGGCGAUUGCUGGUUACUCCCAGUACUUCCACCUGGCUGCCUGGCUGAUCCCCAGCGUCAAGUCCAUCGUCGUCCUCGCUCUAAGCUCUGUGGACGGAGACCCAGUGGUGGGGAUCUGCUACGUGGGGAACCAGAGUCUGGAGAGCCUGCGGGGAUUUGUGUUAGCUCCCCUGGUGGUCUACCUCUUCACCGGCUCCCUGUUCCUCCUAGCGGGCUUUGUGUCUCUGUUCCGCAUCCGCAGCAUCAUCAAACAGGGAGGGACCAAGACAGACAAACUGGAGAAGCUGAUGAUCAGGAUCGGAUUGUUCACGGUGCUUUACACGGUUCCUGCUACUAUAGUAGUAGCCUGCCUGGUGUACGAGCAGCACUACAGGCCUGGUUGGGACCGGGCUCUAUCCUGCUCCUGUCAGGCUGAGAGACAGAGGCUGGGCCUGGGGCCCGAUUACGCCGUCUUCAUGUUGAAAUACUUCAUGUGUCUGGUGGUGGGGAUUACGUCCGGUGUGUGGAUCUGGUCCGGAAAGACCCUGGAGUCGUGGAGGAGGUUCACCGCUCGCUGCUGCCUCUGCUGGGCCUCCAAGCCCACCGCACCCCCCUCCAUGUACAGCGAGGCCAGUACGGCCCUCACAGGACACCCCAGUGCAGCCCUGCCACCAGGGUCCUACCACAAACCUGCCCUGCCCUCACACGUGUGAACGGGACCCUAGAGGGUAGAGGAGCCACGAAUGCACAUGUCCAGUGAUAGCCCCCUGUCCUAUGUUGACUGUGAACGUGCCUCACCUGGAAAUUGGACAAGAUGGUGCUUGUGAUAAAAACACCAUACAGCUCUCUGGAAGGAAAAGGGACAGAGGACAAGGAGAUAACCAAGUAAUUCCACAAGUUCUAAAUAGAACAUUUAUUGACCAACCAGCCUCACUAGCUCUUCUUCUUGGAACAUGAAGAACAGACACAAAUGUGUUUUAACAGGAAAGAAAUGGAACGUUUGUAUCAUAUGAACUCUGUGGUACUUCUGAUGCGCCUUACUGCUUUGGUAAAGUACCACUACUUCAAAAGAGCCACUAGAACAUUCUCUGAGAGGGGGAAAAUGGAGAUGUGUUUUUAUGUGUAUAAACCAGUACUCCUGUCAAUCUAUCUGAACCAUUAGAGAUUACUCACUAUUUAUUCCUGUAUACAGUACCAGUCAAAAGUUUGGACACCUACUCAUUCAAGUUUUUAUUUUAUUUUUUGAAACUAUUUUCUACAUUGUAGAAUAAUAGUGAUGACAUCAAAACUAUGAAAUAACACAUAUGGAAUCAUGUAGUAAACAAAAAAGUGUUAAACAACUCAAAAUAUAUUUUAGAUUUUAGAUUCUUCAAAGUAACCACCCUUUGACUUAAUGACAGCUUUGCACACUCUUGGCAUUCUCUCAAUCGGCUUCACCUGGAAUGCUUUUCCAACAGUCUUGAAGGAGUUCCCACAUAUGCUGAGCUCUUGUUGGCUGCUUUUCCUUCAAUGAUUGGUCCAACUCAUCCCAAACCAUCUCAAUUGGGUUGAGGUUGGGUGAUUGUGGAGGCCAGGUCAUCUGAUGCAACACUCCAUCACUCUCCUUCUUGGUCAAAUAGCCUUUACACAGCCUGGAGGUGUGUUGGGUCAUUGUCCUGUUGAAAAACAAACGAUAGUCCCACUAAGUGCAAACCAGAUGGGAUGGCGUAUCGCUGCAGAAUGCUGUAGUAGCCAUGCUGGUUAAGUGUGCCUUGAAUUCUAAAUAAAUCACAGUGUCACCAGCAAAGCAUUCCCUCACCAUCACCCCUCCUCCUCCAUGCUUCACGGUGGGAACCACACAUGUGGAGAUCAUCCGUUCACCUACUCUGCGUCUCACAAAGACACGGCGGUUGGAACCAAAUAUCUCAAAUUUGGACUCAUCAGACCAAAGGACAGAUUUCCACCGGUCUAAUGUCCAUUGCUUGUGUUUCUUGGCCCAAGCACGUCUCUUCUUAUUGGUGUCCUUUAGUAGUGGUUUCUUUGCAGCAAUUCGACCAUGAAGGCCUGAUUCACACCUCUUCUGAACAGUUGAUUUUGAGAUGUGUCUGUUACUUGAACUCUGUGAAGCAUUUAUUUGGGCUGCAAUUUCUGAGGCUGGUAACUCUAAUGAACAUAUUUUCUGCAGCAGAGGUAACUCUGUGUCUUCCUUUCUUGUGACAGUCCUCAUGAGAGCCAGUUUCAUCAUAACGCUUGAUGGUUUUUGCGACUGCACUUGAAGAAACUUUCAAAGUUCUUGAAAUUUCCCAGAUUGACUGACUUUCAUGUCUUAAAGUAAUGAUGGACUGUCAUUUCUCUUUAUUUUAGCUGUUCUUGCCAUAAUAUGGACUUGGUCUUUUACCAAAUAGGGCUAUCUUCUGUAUACCACCCCUACCUUGUCACAACACAACUGAUUGGCUCAAAUGCAUUAAGAAGGAAAGAAAUUCUACAAAUGAACUUUUCACAAGGCACACCUGUUGAUUGAAAUGGUGACUACCUCAUGAAGCUGGUUGAGAGAAUGCCAAGAGUGUGCAAAGCUGUCAUCAAGGCAAAGGGUGCCUACUUUGAAGAAUCUCAAAUAUAUUGUGAUUUGUUUAACACGUUUUUGGUUACUACAUGAUUCCAUAUGUGUUAUUUCAUAGUUUUGAUGUCUCCACUUUUAAUUUACAAUGUAUAAAAUAGUAAAAACAAAGAAAAACCCUUGAAUGAGUUGGUGUGUCCAAACUUUUGACUGGUACUGUGUAUGAUGCUCUAUAAAAGAUUAUGGAUUGAGCUGGCCCAGAAUGCCCCCAUUAUCCAGGGUAUUAUUCAUUGUGGACACUGAGUCCGUAAUGGGUGAAAAUAAAACUCGAGGAACACUGAUGAAAAUAUAUAUUUUUUAUUUUCAGCAUGAUCCCGUGAUUUAAAUCACAAUAUUCUGUAUGAAUCAAGUACAUAUGUGGUAUGGAUGCUGCUCGAGUUGAAUCAAUCAGUAUGUACCAAUGCACAAAAUCUUUGCCAUAUUCUGCCUGGUAAAUCCAGCUUGGUUGACUGGCCGGUCUGUGAACAACCUAGCCGGUCAGUACAAUAGUAGGAUGAGGACCUCUAGCCCAACUGUUGACCAGUUGCUGGACUGGAGUUAUGGUAAAACAGCCUCCCAAGAGGUAAUCAGAGUAUGGAUGUGGAGCAAUGUACCAGUAAACAACAGUUAUGAAGUCUAUACUUUUCUCAAACAGUGUAUUAUUUUAUUUUAGAAAUCAAUGUCAAAGGUAACCUCUAAAAACCACAAGCCCCAUAAUAGCCAUUGCAGUAAAUGUAGUGCUUUGGAAUAGCCUUGAUACGGAACAUGUUGUAAAGUGGUUUGGAGAGACUGUCUGUCAGAUCAGUCUCCCAGGCCAGAAGAGAGUAGUCUCAAAGUGCACCUGGCUUUUGCUCAGUGAGUCCUUUGCCAUUGUGUAACUACCCCUAGUGGUACACACAGGAACUGUUCACACCAACCCAAUUUUAUUUAUUUUUAUUUUACCUUUAUUUAACUAGGCAAGUCAGUUAAGAACAAAUUCUUAUUUUCAAUGACGGCCUAGGAACAGUGGGUUAACUGCCUGCUGUUCAGGGGCAGAACGACAGAUUUGUACCUUGUCAGCUCGGGGAUUUGAACUUGCAACCUUUGGGUUACUAGUCCAACGCUCUAACCACUAGGCUACCCUGCCGCCCCAUGGUGAACUUAUGUAUCUCUUAGGGCUCUGUAUACAUUUUCAAUGACCGUGUCAGUACUUAUCUUGUGAGUUUUACAAGACAGAGGUUUACAAAAAAUGGCAAAACAUUUCUGUUCAAUGGUAUCCUGCAGACAUCAAAAACUGUCUUCUCACACUUGAUAUACUAAUCAUCUAUAGGAACUGUGGUGGAGAGCCAGAGUAUGGUUGAACCAAAACUCUGGGUGAACCAAAACCUUGUCAAGUAGCCGUUUUACUCUGCUGUGCUUGUCCAAGUUGUCGUGUGCCUCAUUGUUUUUCUAACCAGACUAAUGUGUAAAUGGUCCAGUGUCUGUUUAAUUUAUUAGCCUGUUUCCUCUGUGUGUGUUCUACCCCAUCAUUUGUACAUCUGCUUUGGCAUCCUUCCACAGGAGUCUGGACUGCAUCGUUGUGUGUACUUAAUUCUCCAAGAAUGAAAUGUCAGAUUUCUUUAAAUAGAUAUUUAUGAAUGCUUUCUUUCACUCGUUUCAUUUGUCUCUGACUGAUAGAGAAUUAAACUGUGGACCAAUCUG